AACUUAACUCAACUCAACGCGCCGGGAUGGGGGGGGGGACGAUUGGUCACGUGGUGUCGUCUCGCGCUCGACCACGCCCACACACAGCCCCCCAAUCACAAGCCCGGAUAUAGCCCCGCCUCCUCCCGACAUUUUUGGGUUUGCCCCGCCCAGGAGACGGCGGGGCUGAGAGGCGGGGCACGGCACAGCGGGGGUUCAGUGCAGCCCGCACGCACGCGCCGCGUGCUCUGUCGGCGCCGCCUGCGCUGCUCCCUCCGUGGCUCUCAGUUGUCGCCCCACGUAAGAUUCGCUGUCUCUGCGUCUCCACAUUCCUCGUCUGUCUCCACCAUUGCUAUAGGCUCCACAGAUUGCUGCUGUUUGAGUGAGUAGUAUACGUGUGUGAGUUAGUCCCCCCCCCACCGCAUGGCUGCUGCUGCUUCUUCUGGCGGCAGGGAUCUUCACACCGCGCGCUUGGAGGAGUCCGGGAUCGCCGCGAAGGGAGCGGCGGCACGUGAGCGGAGCGGCCCCGCUAUGGCCGGGGAGGCCGUGACCAACGGGAGAUGCGGCCUGCGGGACGGGGCCGCGGCCCCUGCGCAGGGGCGGCCUGCAGCAGGAGGAACAGUGGGGCAGCAGCUGCUACAGCUGGAUACCAGGGGACAGCAGCACAGCCCAGUGCCACGCAUGGGACAGCUACAGCACAUCCCAGUGCCAGGGAUGGGACAGCAACACCGCCCAGUGCCAGAUAUGGGACAGCAACGCAACCCAGUGUUGGCUAUGGAACAGCAGCCCCACAGCCCAGUGCCAGAGAUAGGACAGCAGCAGAGCCCAUCAUUUAGAAUGGGACAUGAACAGGAUCCAGGCCUAUUAGCUAUGAGACGGCAGCACAGUCCAGCACCAGGAAUGAGACAGCUCUACAGCUCAGUACCAGGGAUAGGACAGCUACACAGCCCAGCACCAGGGAUGAGACAGCACAGCCCAGCACCAGCGAUGGGACAGCUACACAGCCCAUCUCCAGGGAUGAGACAGCAGCACAGCCCAAUACCAGGGAUGGGACAGCAGCACAGCCCAAUACCAGGGAUGGGACAGCCACACAGCCCAGUACCAGCGAUGGGACAGCAGUACAGCCCAAUACCAGCGAUGGGACAGCUACACAGCCCAGGACCAGGGAUGGGACAGCCACACAGCCCAAUACCAGGGAUGGGACAGCUACACAGCCCAAUACCAGGGAUGGGACAGCCACACAGUCCAAUACCAGGGAUGGGACAGCCACACAGCCCAAUACCAGGGAUGGGACAGCAGCACAGCCCAAUACCAGCGAUGGGACAGCCACACAGCCAAGUACCAGCGAUGGGACAGCCACACAGCCCAAUACCAGGGAUGGGACAGCAGCACAGCCCAGUACCAGCGAUGGGACAGCAGCACAGCCCAAUACCAGCGAUAGGACAGCAACACAGCCUAGUACCAGGGAUGGGACAGCCACACAGCCCAGCACCAGGGAUGGGACAGCCACACAGCCCAGUACCAGCGAUGGGACAGCAGCACAGCCCAGCACCAGGGAUGGGACAGCUACACAGCCCAGUACCAGGGAUGGGACAUCGGCAUAGUCCAUCGUAUAGAAUGGGACAGGACCAGGAGCAAAGCCUUUCAUUAGGGACGGGAUUGCAGCACAUCCCAGUGCCAGAAAUUGGACAAGGACUGCAGGUCAGCCCAAUUUUUGUUCCGGGACUGAGACAGACAGCCAGUCCGGUUUUAGGAGCAGGGAAAAGACAGCCACCCAGUCCAAUAUUUGGGACAUCGCAAGGACAGCAGAGCAGCGCCUUUUUUGUGACAGGACUGGCUCAGCACACAGACCCACGGUUUGGGGCAACCCAAGGUCAGCGGGGCAAUCGAGGACACGAACUCGGGGUGGAAAUGCCAGGCGAGGUGGUGGGUGGUCUCGGUCGGAGCAGUCAAGCCGGUCCAGUGCCCUUUGCUGGUGUAGAGCAGCAGCAGCUAAGCCAGGUGUACGUCCAGGUAGCCGGACAGCUUCGUCCUGAUGCAGUGUUAGAACCGGAUCGUAAACCACAAGCCAACCCAGGUAUGGGGCUUGCAUCAGGACAGCAGAUGGUUCCCACAAUGGGAUUUGGACUCGGACAACAAUCCAGCUCUGUGGUUGAUCAAGGAUCAGGACAUCAGGCCAACAACUCAACCCUUGCAACUGCACUAAGAGAGCAGCCCAGCCCUCUGUUCGAGCAGGGACUGGGCCAGCCAUAUGGUUCAGUAGUUGGGCCUGCACUCGGACCGGAGCAGUUGUUGCAUGGACAGCCUGGAUCACAGCACCGGCGCGCAGUCGCAGAGCCGGGCACCAUGGGUGCGGUGGGAACGCCGCAUGGGAGGAGGACGCUGCCCAGGAAGGCGAGCAUAAUCAAGGAUACUUCACGGCAGAAGCAGCCCGAGCGGAAGAAGACCGUGUCGUUUAGCAGCAUGCCUACAGAGAAGAAGAUCAGCAGUGCCGGCGACUGCGUCAGCCUCAUGCAAGAGGGCUCCGAACUGAAAAAGGUCAGGUCAAAUUCCCGCAUCUAUCAGCGCCUCUUCUUGCUGGAGUCAGAUUUGCAGCACCUGCGUUGGGAGCCGUCCAAGAAAGACCUUGACAAAGCUCGCCUGGAGGUGCGAUCCAUAAAGGAGGUGCGUGCUGGGAAAAACACGGACAUCUUCCGCAGUAACGGGAUAUCUGAGCAGGUUUCUGAAGACUGCGCCUUCUCCAUUAUCUACGGAGAGAGCUACGAGUCACUGGAUUUGGUUGCAAACUCGGCUGAUGUUGCGAGCGCAUGGGUGACGGGGCUGCGCUACUUGUUGUCGUGCAGCGGUAGGCAGGACAUCUCUGCCUCGAUACAUUUUGGACAGAACAGCCUGCGCAGUUGUUGGCUGCAGGCAGAAUUUAAAUGCACAGUCACAGAAGACGCAGGAUACCUUUCAGAGGCCGGUGCAGUGGAAUUGAUUCAUAAGCUACACCCAGGAUUAAGGAAUUCGUAUGUUAAACUGAAGCUGAAGGAAGUGCUAAAAAAUAACGAUCGUCCAGAUGACAUUAUUGGCCUCACAGUGGCAAAUUUCAUUGACGUUUUCAACGUAUUAGCAACACGACCCGAAGUUUACUUCCUGCUUGUGCAGUUUUCCAGUAACAAAGAGUACCUGGAUGUCAAAGACCUCUCUCUAUUUCUGGAUACAGAACAGGGAAUGGCACAGGUUUCGGAGGAGGUGAGCCUAGACAUCAUCCGUCGAUACGAACCCUCGCAGGAAGGCCGAGCCGCCGGCUGCUUGGGUAUCGAUGGCUUCACGCGGUACCUGCUAUCCCCCGAGUGCCACGUCUUUGACCCCGAUCACCGGCACGUGUGCCAGGACAUGACUCAGCCCCUCUCCCAUUACUACGUUCACGCCUCGCACAACACCUACCUGGUGGAAGACCAGUUCCGUGGCCCCAGUGAUGUCGGGGGCUUCAUCCGGGCCCUGCGGCUAGGCUGCCGCUCCGUGGAGCUGGAUGUGUGGGAUGGUCCUGAGAAGGAGCCUCUGGUCUUCAAUGGCCACACCAUGACGUCCCCUAUCACUUUCCGGGCGGCUCUGGACGCUAUUGGCAAGCAUGCCUUUGCAGUGUCGGAGUACCCUCUGGUGCUGUGCUUGGAGACGCACUGCUGCCCGGCCCAGCAGCGCACUAUGGUGCGCCAUAUCAAAGAGGUACUGAAAGAGAAGCUAUACACGGAGCCAGCCGUCGCGUCGUGCGCACACCUUCCCUCCCCGGAGAGCCUCCGCGGGCGAAUUCUCAUUAAGGGCCGGAAACUGCCGCCCACUUGCCAGGAGUGCGAGGGCGAUGUGAGCGAGGAGGACGAGGCAGCGCAGAUUGGGCAGCAGCACUGCGAGCCCGAGCAGGCACGCAGGCUCACGCUCACACGGGAGCUCUCCGACUUGGCGUCUCUCUGCCAGUCUGUCCGCUUCCGCGACUUUGAUGUGGCUCUUCAAAGCCAGAAAUACUGGGAAAUAAGUUCGUUCAGCGAGCUGCAGGCUGGUCGACUUAUAAGCGAGAGGUCGGAGGACUUCCUGAGUUAUAAUAAGAGGUUUCUUUCCCGCGUGUACCCAAGCCCCAUGCGAUUGGACUCGAGCAACGUUAACCCGCUGGAUUUCUGGAAGUGUGGCUGCCAGCUGGUGGGGCUCAACCUCCAAACACCGGGGCUCAUGCUGGACCUUAACGUUGGCUGGUUUCAGCAGAAUGGUGGCUGCGGCUACGUGCUGCGGCCUGCAAUCAUGCGUGAAGCCGUUUCAUAUUUCCGUGCCAACACCCAUGAAAGCUUCCCUGGCCUCUGUCCUCAGAUGCUGCACCUCCGCAUCAUUAGUGGGCAAAAUCUCCCCAAGCCCAAAGGCUCGGGUGCCAAGGGGGAAGUGCUGGACCCCUACGUGGCAGCUGAGAUUCACGGCAUUCCAGCUGACUGUGCGGAGCAGAGAACCAAGACUGUAUACCACGAUGGAGACCACCCGAUAUUCGAGGAGAGCUUUGAGUUCCAGCUCCACUUGCCAGAGCUGGCUCUGCUACGAUUGGUGGUACUGGACGACGACUACAUAGGAGACGAAUUCAUUGGUCAGUACACCAUCCCCUUGGAGUGCCUCCAGCCCGGAUACCGUCACGUGCCGCUCCUCUCCCUUACGGGCGAGCUCUUGACCCACGCGUCCAUUUUCAUCCACGUGGCCGUGACCAACCGCCGCGGAGGGGGCAAGCCUCCGAAGCGGGGGCUGUCUGUGAUGCGGGGCCGCCGCACCCACAAAUAUGUCACCAUGCGCACCGUUGGCAUCAAGGUGGUGGACGAGGUGUUCCGCGUAGCGACGCAGCCGCUGCGCGACGCCGCUGACCUGCGGGAGAACUCGCAGGUGGCAGUUCUGGCUUUCAAGGAGGUGUGUGGUCUCCCUCCGGUUGCCAACCUUGCCCAGUGCAUGCUGGUGCUGUGCUCACGGCUGCUCAACACUGACGGGACUCCCCAGGUGGGACUGGUACUGCGUGACCAGAUGCCGUGCCUGGACGUUCAGGGCGCCCUCCCCGACGUGCUCAAGAAGGGCGUGGUUCUCUAUGACACGAUGAUACAGGAAUUGCGGACGCUUGUGGAGAGUGCAGACGCCAUCCACGGCAAGAUCACACAGUGCCAAAAGUCAGGUCUGGAACUUCAUGAAGAUCUGAGCAGCCUGGGCACCAGAGAGGGACUCAAGGGCCGCAAGCUGGCCAAGGCGAUUGAGAGCUUCACCUGGAACGUUACCCUGCUCAAGGGUCAGGCAGAUCUCCUCCGGCAGGCCAAGGGCGAGUGCAUAGAGAAUAUCCGGCAGGUGCACAAUGCCGCCAUCUCCUGUGGGCUCGAUAAAAAUGCAGGCAUUGCAGCAGUUUCCGAGAUUGGCUCAACCAAGAAGGAAGAGCGGCCACUCCUCACUGGCUUGCAGCAGCAACCCCAAGAGGAGAGGACAUUCUCCACCCCUGUACCCAGGCAGCAAGGCACACUAGUAACAACAAUCACUGGCAUAACUGCAACAGAAGCAGCUGCCUCAACACACGCUCUGAAUAAACCAAAGUCGUGUUCUCCAUCCUUGGCCAGAGAUGACCGUGCAUGUUUUCAAGUUGACCGUGCAUCACCCGAUAUCGGUAGCACGUUUGCCAGUGCGUCGGCGAGUACUUCGUUGUGCCCAGAGAGCAGCGCACCACAACAGUUGCAGGAAACCUCUUACCGGAACUCGACGGUUUCAGUCUCAUUUAAUGAUGGGUUUCCUACUGAGCCAUCCAUAGUGCAGCAAGGCGUUACCGUUGAUUCCCUUGCAAAAAUAAACAAUUCAAUAUGCAUCGGUUCAUUUCUCACCCAAACCCCUGUGGAGCAUGGCUCCAGCAUUGAGAGGGCAUUGCUCGCAGACAGCGGCAGCUUUGAGAUGAGCAGACAAAUCCACUGUCCGUCCGUGCUGGGGAGUUUCCCGGACAGGGCACUCUAUGAUAGUUUGGAAGUGAACCGAGAAAUUACCGAGAAGUUGAAUUUGGAUAAUUUGUGACGUCCAGGAAAUCUAUAUCGUACUUGUCUUAGCUGCGUCGCAGGAAAAAUUAGUGGUCAUAAAUAUGCCUCCUGGGCCAUCUAUUCUGUAACAUAUCCAUGUGAAAUGUUUACUAAAAUGUGUUCCUUAGAUAGACUUGUACAUCUAAAAAUAUAUCUCAGCAAUAGAUGACAUGCACAAGCGAUGAGGUGCGCAUCAAGAGGAGCAUUGCUGGAUGGUGCAUGCUUGUAAUCGUGCUAGAUUACUGAUGUGUUGGAUAUCAUCCGUGAAUCGGUGUAAGUGGUUUCACUUGUUCAGAUGGCUGUUAGACUUGUACAAAGUUAUGUUUUUCCCGACUAUUGAAUAUCCCGAAAGCAUCAAGCGUUAAAUUGUAAGAUAAUUGAGCACUUUCAGAACAGUACCAAAACGUUUCCACAUUGAAGCUGUGUGCAUGCAACGUUGCGCCACUGACUUUUUUUACAUUCACUGCUCUGUUUGAGUUUGCUAUGUUUGAGCCAUCUGGACAGAUUAUUCAGUGUUUACAUACUAAACUGUAGUCAUGGUAAUAUUUUAAGACUGGAAAAGAGGAUAUGUCAUGUAUUUUGGUUAUUUCGCUUUCUUUUCUCGGUUGUGAAAUCGUCUGCUGAUGCCGACGUUCUCCCCAACAUCCAGGCCGCGCGUCUUAUUGCACACCGAUGCUGGGGAAUGUCCAACUCCCUAUGGGGCUUCAAAGUUACUAACUAUAGGAUGGUGCUAUGGUGUGCAGCUGCGUGUGCUUGGCACACAUCUGUCCAAUCAGCUGUCAGAACUGGGCCUCGAUAAAUAUACAGUAUGAUCACAAAAUGCAUACCUUUUGUUACCAUUUCAUAGACGAAGACUCGGAAGGGUUAGCUGAGACUUAAUCCAUUGAUCUCAAUGCUUCUGACUCGGUACCCUAACACGGCAAUUCGUAUUACCGUUAAACCAACAGGUAACCUUUAUAAUGUGUUCACAUUAAGCGUGCAUCUUCUUGCCAAACCAAUACCGUUGGGAUUGCGUGCAGAGUGGGUAAUCUGCUGAGCUCUGAUUUACGUGCCAGAGGUAAACGCAUCCUGGAAGUUGUUGCACAGGCUUCAUCUCUGCGGCUCGGGAUGUCUCUGCUGAGCGAACGCAGGGCUUCAGAAGGCGGCGGCGUCAGCUUAAGACCACACCAUGUCACCGUGUUAUACCAUCGCCUCACAAAACUCUGUUCUUGUGCACUUGGUAAGUCCCAACUGUAGUUGAAAAACAUAUCAAUGGGUUAUAAAUGAAAUCCAAUGUUUAAAUUCAUCAUGAGUAUCUCUUCUAGUGGUCUCCUCUGCAAACGACCCUUCCCUGCUGUACGUGUAGCUUCACAGAGUACGUAUGGAGAGGUGUUUUGGUCACGGGCACGGUUUGCUUUGUUCUUUCAACAUAGACCAUUUAAACUGUUGAACAGGAAAUCUUUCUGGGCGGUACCAAAAGACAGCACGUUGACCCCUCCUGGUGCCCCCCGUAAAUUCAGCAGUCGCGCAUCCUCGCAUCGCCCACCAGUGCAUGCCCAUGGUGUACUCGUGCCUCGCUCUGUCAGUUAAUGUCACUAAAUUGUCAUGUUUUGCCAAGAAUGUAAACAUUCGUAAUGGUUAUAAACAGUAUAUUUUUGUUUAAAUAGUUCAAGAGGAGGUCGUAAACAAUUAUAAAUGAUAAAUGCCAAAAGUAUUACUACUAUUUUCUUAAAUAUAUUUUGACUUUAUUUAACAUGAUUGUGGUCAAACAUUUUUUUUUAUAAAAUUGACCAUUGGUACCAUUUCCUCUAGGCUAAUGAAAAGGAAAGUAACUACAGUUUUAAAAAUGAAUUAAUAGUUCUUCCAGUUAAAAUGUUUGUUCUGUUUAUAUACACUGAAAUGUAAAUCAGUAGCCUGUCAUUUAAAUGUUUGAUUGAAAUAUUGCAAUAUUUUCUUUAGCAAUAUGUUUCAUCUCUGCGUUUGUGUUAAUUUUUUUAACAGUGCAAUAGUAUGGGGAGUUAUUUAAUGGAAAUAUUCUUCUCUCUGAUCUAAGCCUUUGUUUAAAAAAAGUAUGCUUUUACGUGAUUUUAAAGUACACAUUUUCCACCGCCAUAUUUAACUUGUCUUUGCUAAUUCAUAAGCGCUGUCGAUCACAUUAAGAGCUGAUUAUGGUGAGGUGGUCGUCUGUCGGAGAUCACGUGCUCAUCAGCUUAUAAUAUUUUCCAUCAAGAUCAAUCCUGGGUCCAUUUACAGAUGCUUACGGUUCAUGAUAAAUUUUGCUCGGUGUAUUUGGAAAACAACGGUUACGUAUAGAGAAUUAUUUUAUUUUAACGUAAAUCCAAGACUUGUUUAAACGUAGGAUGUUGGACUGAGAUGCGGACAUUCUGACAGCAGCGCCUGAAGGUGGCGCUCCAGAGCGUCCCCGUGACACGACGGGUGCCGUGGGAUGCCCCGCACAGGGAGCACCUCUCGACGCGUCGUGGUGGCCACCACAGUCCUUCCCCCGAUCCCCUGCCACCCUCUCUAACUGCCCUCUUGUUUAAAUGUUGGUUGCUCCUGAAUUUGCUGAACUCAAAAUACUUAACAUAGAAACCAGUCUGCUAUGUAAGGGAUCUGUUACUUUCCCAUAUCUCUUGAUUAAAUAACCUGAGCUAAAUUGGUGUUCUAAAAACCUGACUGGUCGUGGGCAGUGUUGUUAAAAUACAGAAGGACUCAUCUAUUUUAUUCUUGCCUAAACAAACAUAUAUAUGGAACGGCAGUGGUGUGCAGGUACAAAUAGAAACACCACAUUCGUCAUAAACAAACCCUGCUUUAUCAUAGAGAAUAUAUCUGGCUGAAUUUCAGGCAAUGGGCUUUAGAGCUGAGAUGGCAAAGAGAUGCAUUGACUCGGCACAUUUGAGGUGACAACCUCCCUCAACAUCUUGCCAGGCUUAGCAAUUGUAUAGUCUCAUUCCAUCUCUCGUCUCUUUAUAUCACCUUGCAUGUAGUUUCAGUCCAUGAUUUCAGUUUAUAGGAUCGUUCCUCUUGAGUACAAAGCCUUUCAGGUCUUUUAAUCUGUUCAUAUAUUAAUAUAAAAAGGUUGCUAAUUUCUUGCGACACAUUUUGCCCUUCCGUGCUGAGACCGUGUCUCGAGUUGAUUGAGUGUUGACUGCGAAUUGUUCUGAAACGUGGUGCGGACUCUAUUGUUGCAACAUGUUGCUAUGAACGUAUGACAUUAUUACAGGUUACCUUUCAGUUUAAAUGGAUACAAGAACAUUCAUUUGGACAGAUUAAAGCCAAAAAGGUAGAAUUUGAAUAUGAAAUGUUGCUUUUUAUUUAUUUACUAAAAUUACAUGUAGUGUAAAAGGUUUACACAACAUGACGUUGCUGUGUAGCACUGCGAGUUUAUUGUGGAACCAUUGAGACUGGACACAUUGCAAUUAAAACCACGGACAACACAUUUCUGUAUGUUUACCACUCCGUCAUUGUUUUGGGGCAUAAUUUUAUUGUACAUGUGCUUUACAAAUAAAAAAAUGUUGGCUAGGUAACAUUAUUUGAUAAAUAUUCUUAUUUUUGUCGGGUUUAUUCCAAUUUUAACUUUGUGUAAAAUGUAUUGCAUAAAAUAUAUUUUUUUUCUUAAAGUAACAGCUGUUUAUAAUAAAAUAUUGCCAAAUUAA